ACAUUUCUCCUAGGUGUCUUCGAUUGAUUAAGAAUUCGAGCAGUUUCCGUUUUUUUCGGGGCAAAACAAAAGCGCCAUUCGUGCUUGUCAUUUAGCGUUGAGGCACCGAGCGAAUCUUUUUUUCCGUUGCCAAGGUCUGGGUGUGAGGAGAAGUUGGGCCUGGGUACUGUCUUACUUUCGCUAGCUGCUUCAUCACAACAGGCACGAGCCCCAAACAAGCCACGUGGACAUUUGGAUCAAAACCUGAACUCGUUUCACCAUGGAUCAGCAUCAGGACUUCAACUCGAGCCUGGACGGCCACGCCGCCGUGCAAUUCAACUCCGGGGAGACCAUGGCCUCGGCUGCCCUGGCCAACAUGACGCUGAAAGAACCCCAGGACCAGCAGGAGGUCAAGAAGCCUAACGGGAUGCCAGMCGCACACAUGGGACCUGGGGACAUGGAAGAAGAAUUGCUGGAGCUGUCACCGGAACUGAAAUCASAGCCUCAAGCACCAGUGUCAGAGGUCUCUGUGUCGAAGAGCGCCCUCUCGGCUACCAGAGGGAUGACCGCUACAGGUCAAGAGGAGCUCACUGCAUCGCUCAGCCCCACGCCAGGAGGUGUCAGUCCUGCCACAGAGAGCGGCCGCAGUAGCAGGUCCGGCUUUGCCGACGACGGGAGCGAAGACGGGGAGCGGGCUGGGUCGGUAAGCCCCCGGGCRUCUCCUUCAGCCCCUGAAGCCCCAAUCGAGAGGGACACUCCAAGGCUCUUCUCCCCAGACUCGCUGGGGUCUGAGGUGAAGAGGAGCUCGYCUGACAAGGUCUCUGAUGUCUCUGUGGGCCACAGCCUAAGCGACUCUGGGUCUGAGGACGAGGAUGAGAAGGACGUAUGUGAGAGCAAGGAGGCUCCUACCUCGGCCUAUGARGACAGGAUCAGUCCUGGGAAGCCUCAGAGCCCUCUCUUCAUGGAAAAGGAGGGGACGAAAGAGCAGGUGGAUGAAGAAAAAGAGGAGGAUAGCGACGAGGAAGAGGAUGAAGAGGAGGAGAGAACAGAGGUGUCAACGAUCCGCAGGAGGCCACGGCGUGAGGUCAGCUCAGAAGAGGAAGAGCAGCAGAAAGAUGAAGUUUGCGCCCCUGUCAUUCCCGUUGCCAUGACCCCGGAGGAAGCCAAGCAGCGCGUCCUAUCCUUUGACUACACUGAGCCUGAGCGACACCCACCUGGUCAGGGCAUCCCUGCAGGGUGGCAGAACGGAGCAGACAAGACCCCCCCAGRGAGCAAGAGCCCUGACUCCAACAGGGCCGACCAUGGAUCUCCCUUCUCCCCUAGCACCGCAGCCGACCGGACCAAGGACCAGUCUCCUCUCAUCGAGCACCAGCCAGACGCCCGCGAUGCGGUGGAGCAGGAGACUGAGGAGGAGGUGCAGGAGGAAGAAGAGGUGCAGGAGAAGGUAGCUAGUCCCCUGCCCAUGAUUGCUGUGCCCCAGAUGGAGGUUGAGCCCGUCCAGAAGGAUGAUGAGCCUGUGAAGACCUCAAAGGACACKCAAGGCCAAUACCUGGAGUCGGCAAACGAGGACGUCAUCGCAGCGGUGACGGCAGCUCAGUCGGUGACCAAAGCCAAACCUGCAGAAGCCAAACCUGCAGAAACGAAGACUAAGGCUGGCAAGCCUGCUAGUGGCCCCAAAGGUGAUGCCAAAGGAGGUGCUCCUACAGCAGCCAAAGGCCCGGUCAGGCAAGAUAAGAAAGUGACCGCUAACGCUGUAGCCCCUCCCCCCAAGACCACCKCCGCUAAAACUCAGAAAGCACCCCCAAAAGAUGCCGYCCCACCGGGCGGAAAAGCAAAAGCUCCAGGUGCCCAGCUGAAAGCCAAGGCCAGUGCAGGGGCUGGGAAAGAAGCAGCUGAGAAAAAGACACCCAACGCCACCACACCUGUCAAAGCAUCCACCCCCAAACGACCCUCCUCGGUCCAAACCACCCCCAACAAAAAGCCUUGGUCCUCUUCCUCUGCCCCAGCCUGCAACACUAGCAGGCCCAGCUCAAUAUUUAAACCCUGUCCAGGCAGUGCAAGAGCCAGAGAACCCAGGCCAAGGACUGGAGAUGGGAAGACAGCCAGCACCAGGACACCAGGUGCCAAACCCCAGGGUGCUGGGACCAGGAUGCAGACCAAGACCACUGCUGGAGUUGAUUCCCCCAAGACGCCCCAAGACCGUAGUGGCUAUAGCAGCCCCAGCGCACCCAAGUCCCCCGCCAGCCGGGAGGUGAAGAAGGUGGCGGUGGUGCGGACCCCUCCUAAAUCCCCUGGGUCCACGAGGGGGCGCAGUCCGGURCCCCUGGCCGCCCCCAUGCCCGACCUGAAGAACGUCCGGUCAAAGAUUGGCUCCACGGAGAACAUCAAGCACUCGCCUGGUGGAGGACGGGUGCAAAUAGUUGAGAAGAAGAUGGAUUUAAGUAACRUUCAGUCAAAGUGUGGCUCCAAAGCCAAUCUCAAGUAUACCCCAGGAGGUGGCAAUGUUCAAAUUACUCACAAAAAGAUUGACCUCAGCAACGUACAGUCAAAGUGUGGAUCGAAGGCCAACAUUCACCACAAACCAGGUGGAGGCAAUGUGGAGAUCAAAUCCGAGAAGAUGGACUUCAAGGUUCAGUCUAAGAUUGGGUCCAUGGACAACGUUGGUCAUGUGGCUGGAGGUGGCGGGCGGAAGAUUGAAAGCCACAAACUGAGUUUCCGUGAGACGGCGAAAGCCCGCACCGACCACGGAGCGGAGAUUGUCCCCGUGGAGAUCAUCGCAGGCGGCUCACCCGCCCGUCUUCUCAGYAACGUGUCGUCCCCUGGCAGCCAGAACAUUACAGACGCGCCGCCGCUAUCCAUGCUAGCCGACCAGGUCUCCGCCUCCCUCGCCAAGCAAGGCCUGUGAUUCGACCACGUCCCUCCCUGAAAAAGCAUUGUAGGUUACCAAGGGAACCAACCAYGUGAUAAAAAAGAGAAACGAAGAGAAAAAKAAGYACCUCACUGAGUCUCCMUUCCUCCUUGAAAUUCAAAGUCGCUCGCRGGAUUUGCCGACCGGGGAUAUCAGUCAGGGCAAAGUGGUCCGUUAAUGAACAGUUUAUGGUCUUGAUAGUUAGAUAGACACAGGUAAUGAAAACAUAUACGUGAAAGAAAAGCAACAUUAUUCUAUACCCAUAAAAACGUAGCCAGGCCUUCUUAUAAAGACAUUUACCCUACUUUCCAUUUACAGUGCAAUUAAUUGGGCUGCUCAAUUCGAACGCAACUGCUCGCAUGAAAAUAUUGCACAUUACUUUGCUUAUUGCCAUGCAGUGGAUGUUUGCAUUUGCUCAUUUAAGCCUUAAAAUGUGAAGUAGCCAAAGACUCAAAUCUUUUCUCAACUAGAAAAGAYCAGCUAAAUUAAAGUGACACUGUACUAUACCAUUCAAAUGAUACUAAGUGCCAAAUAGAAUGUUGCCCUUUCGUGCUUAAAACACUCCGAUAUUCCCCAGUUGAGAAAUCCGCGAAGAUUUAUUUACGGUAUAAUGAAAUUCGAACGUUGUCGUAAACAGUUGCUGUGAUGUAAUGAAACGCGUGUGACUCUGCCUUUGAGAUGAUUAAAGUAGACAUUGUUUGUGAAAUUAUAAAAUAAACAAUUUUCAUGAGAAGGACAAUUACAAGUCUAUUACCCAGAAUAUUUAACUUAAGAGUUAAAGCCCAUGGCCCGUUCAAAACAUUUCAAGGAGGAUCCCAUUGCUGAGCAAUUGAAAUCAAUUAAGUAAUCAAUUAAUUAUGGAGUAAUGGAGCUACAUAGUGCAUAUGUCAAUCAAUUGGAUAAGAUUGCUAAUUUGAAGUUGAGGGKUUUUUGUGUGUAUGGUAUAGUCUACGUGCCGAUAUUCUGGUGGUAUAUCACCAAUCCUCACCAAGUUUCUUCUCAGCAGUGUGUCUGAAUCUGAGUACCUCCCCGUUGAUUUCUAGAACGGAAAUCCAUUCUAGACCAUCUGUUUGGUCCAGAGCCAGAACACACCUGGGUAUAGGGGCGUUAUGAAAUUUCGUCAUUGGCUUUGAUACUCUGAUUGGUUAGAGAUGAUCCAAUUGCUGAUUACUUUGUUUUGUACAACACCCCUUAUUUUGACGUCAACAAACGACUUGAACGAUGGCUGUCUCAGACUGCAGUAUGUAGGAAUGAUUGAGCAGCGGAAGAAUUCAGUUUGAGUGGUCAGGCAAUAGAAAUGCCACUGCAUACCCACAACACACAUGCCUAGACAAGUCUCAAUUUUACCUGCAUGAAAUUCAAAGCCUGAUAUAGGAUGUGCUCCAAAUCUCUACCCUACUCCAAAAGUGUGCACUUGCACACUCCCUCUGUCAAARAUGACCAAAUGACCACCCCYUACCUACCCACAGCGCACUACUUACGUAGCGAAUUUUAACUAAAGUAAAUAUUUCUUCGCAAUGACAGAGCACUCUUUUUUUACGCUGUAGAUCAAACCUUAUGUUGCGCACUUUCUUUCCUACUAGUAGCCCUAUUCUGUGGWUGUAAGACAUAUUAAACUGCUAUUUACAAAUGCUUGUAGAUGCACCUGCUGA